GUGGCCGUGCCGCGGCCAGAAAUGGCGGAGGGCUUGCUUGCUGACCCGGGGCUGGCUGUUGUUGUGACGGGGCACGUGGCUGUGGCGCGGCCGGAAAUGGCGGAUGGCUUGCGUGAUGGCCGGGGGGUGCUUGCUGCUGCGGCUGGGCAAGUGGCUGCGGUGCGGCCGGAAACGGCCGAGGGCUUCCCUGCUGGUCGGGGGGCGCUUGCUGCUGCGGCGGGGCAAGCGGUUGUGGCGCGGCCGGAAAUGGCGGAGGGA